UUUGGCAGCUGACUAUGACCUCUUCUGCCCCACAGUCUAACAGAUUCAACCACACACACACCCUGGCACACACAUUCAAGUAUUUUUUGCUCCAGUUGCCUUCUUUAAUGACUUCAACAUGGGCCUGCCAGUAUUUUUUAUUUUAGCAAUGGUUCUGAAUUUAGCUCACAGCAGGGACAUGCAAGAUUCAGAGACCAGAGAGUUGGAUCUUGAUCAAACAGUGACAGGGAUUUUGGGGGAGGAUGUCUACUUGCAUUGUCUGUACAUUGGACAAAGUAGCAUAUUGUUCUCCUCCUGGAACCGUAUCGAUUCUUCAAACAAGGCAAAGAAAAUGGCAGGCUACAAGUCCAGUGCCAAAUCUUUCGCAAGAGAAAACUUUGACAUCCCGGCAUCAAUUACAAACCUUACUGUAAAGGUGAACGUGACAAGUUUUGAUCAAGAGGGAGAAUACACAUGUGUCUUUGACUCUGAUGAGGAUGAAACAAAGGAAACCAUGUUUCUUAGUGUUAUUGCUCGGCCUGAUGUUGACAUAACUGUGAAAAAGGAAGUUGUGAAUAGGAUCCUCUACCAUGCUGUCACUUGCUCUGCCUCCGGUGCCAAGCCUGAGGCUGUGAUUAGAUGGGAGAUCUCUGGUGCCCUUCCAAAAGACGACAUCUUCUCUGUGAACAUGAUUAAUCCGGUUCAUCCCAAUGGCACAACCAGUUCAAUCAGUGUACUUCGCUUCCCCCUAAUUAUGAAUAAUGAGAGCACUGUUACCUGUGUGGUUGAGCAUCCAGCUUUUACUGAACCCAAAAGAGCCAACAUAGAGGUGGAUACAUUUGUUUCGCCUGUUAUAAGCAUGAAGACCGUCCUGGUCCAAGAAGGAGAAGAAGACUUUCAAGAGGUCAUCUGUUCAGCAACAGGAGGGAGGCCACAUCCAAAUAUCACAUGGAUACUGCCUGAAUUCAAAAACACGCCACCUUUACAGAGAAAUGUCUCCAAACCAGAUUCAGUUAUCAGUUCAUAUCAGUUCCCAUCAGAUCCUUUUGAAGGAGAUAAUAUCUCUUGUGUAUUUAGCUAUGCAUUUCUCCCAUUCAUAAACACAAGGACAAUCACUUUGCCAAUUUACUAUCUUUCCUCACUUCAGCUGAAGAACCUUGAUUAUGCCAUUAACAGUGAGAACCAGACUUCAUUGGCACUUGUGAAGGGGGACACGGACAUUACAAUCAGGAUGGAUGUUUUGAGCAAUGUACCAAGUUAUAAAGUGAAAUGUUCCAGGGAAGGCCAACCACUACCUGAGGAUGUGGAUGUGGUUGGCAACAAUCUCUUUGUCAGAGGACCUGUAGAUCUGCACCUUGCUGGACAAUAUCUCUGCCAGGCCUCUUACCGUAGACAUCAAGUUUCCCUGCAGUUUACAAUUGAAGUAAAUCCAAAAGUCCUACUGCCAGUGACAUUUCCCCCAAAUAUCAGUGUGAAUUUAGUAGAGGAUUCAGACUACUUUCACAUUGAAUGUUUGGCCUCCAAUGCUGUACCUGCUGCAAAUGUGUCCUGGGUUCUUCCAAAAGAGAUUAAUAGUACAAUUCAGUCUGAAGACACACACUAUAAUGGAUCUUAUUCUGUCAGAAGUGUGUUGACUGUGCCUAGCUGCAUGGCCCACAAAUAUGUAAUUGAGUGUGUAGUCGACCAUCCUGACUUAAUGGAAGAAGAGAGGCGGCAGAUUGCUCUUCAUGUGUGUGCACCACCGAAUAUUACCCUGCAGUCUAGUGUUGAAUGGAACAGUGACAUUGCUUACACAUCGCUGGUGUGUUCAGUGCAGAGCCAGACCCCAGCAGCAGCCAUCACCUGGGCUGUGGAGUGCCAUGGCAUUGAUAUUAGCUCUAGUGAACUUGUAAUGACUCGACCUGAGCUUCAGCAGAGUCAUAUGGUUGUCGCUCAGAGUAUGGCACGUAUUCCUAUUUACUCACAUGCCGGAUGCACCGUGACCUGUGUGGUUGAGCAUCGAGAGUUAGAGAAACCCGAGAACAAGAGCAUCGUCCUCCCAUCCUUAGGACCGUCUGUAAGCCGUGCGUUUCUGGGGGAAGAGAGUUACACUCUUAUUUGGCAUGCUGUGUGUGAGUACAGCGGCGAUGGGGUGAAACCCAACAUCUCCUGGGUCUUUCCCGAUGAAGACACUGUAAUACUGGUGACUACUGAAUCCAGAUAUGAUGGAACUAAAGUAGAAGUCCGUUUAACUCAUGAAUUUCAACUCAGUCAGUAUGAGGGGAAAGAUUUGAUAUGUCUGAUUCAGAACAAGCUCGGCAGGGAUGAAAGACGGACAAUACAUGUUCCAAAUUACUCUAUCUCAUCUAUUGAGGUUUUAAACAAAACCACACUUGAUCGUAGAAGUCAUGGCCAGAAUGAGCAUCGUUUAUCACUGCAAGAAAACCUCUCGAAUCAGAAGAUACUUCUCAAAGCCCACGGCAAUGUUCCGUCGUACAAGACAACAUGUUACAGGGAGGACGGGUCAGCAGCUGACACAGAGGGCAUGGCAUUAGUUUUUACAGAGCCAGUGUCUGAACUGGAUGCGGGAUUGUACAUAUGCCACGUCUCGCACCACCACCACACGGCUAAUGUUUUCAUUCGGGUGGAUGUAACUAGUGAAGAGACUCAACACAUGAUAUUCAUCAUUAUUUGCUUCUCGUCAGCUGCUGCAAUCACCCUCAUUUUGAUUAUCGUUUUGGUUGUCCUCUGUAAAAGUGGGAGAAGUCACUCGUCACAAAAGAAUAACAGGACGGAGCGUGAGUCUCUAGCAGCUCUAAUGCAGGAUCCUCGCUGCCCAGAGAAGGUGGUGAUUCCAGGCACAGCUGGGCCGCACUAUGCUGAGCUUGUGCACUAUUCCAUUGUUUUUGAUGCUAAAAGCACAGUGUGACACAGCUGUUGGGUUUUACGACUGUAAUAUAUCAGUUUUUGCACAUACUUGUGGAGUUUGUGGCAGCUUGAGUGCAUGCGUUUAAAAAGGGGACAUGCUUAAGAAAUUCAUUCAUUGUUAAUCAGACUGUUAUGCUGAUGAUGCAAUUUGUAAUGAAAAAAACAAAAAAGAAAAUGGAAAUUUGCUUCGUUUUCUCUACCCAGCCCAUCCAAGAUUUAGAUGAGUUUUUUUCUUUAUCAGAACAGAUUUGGAGAAAUCUAUUGCGUUAGUUGGCUUUGCGUUAGUUGCUCACCAGUGGAUCCUCUGCAGUGAAUGGGUACCGUCGGAA